GCCCCGCUCGGCGGCGCAGUGUCCCGGCCAUGGCCUUGGCGCGCGGCCUCCCGCUCCUGCUCCUGAGCUGCGCCUGCAGCCUGGCGCCCGCGACGAGGGAGGUGAAGGUGGCUUGCUGGGAGGAUGUAGACUUGCCCUGCACCGCCCCCUGGGACCCGCACGUCUCUUACGUGGCCUCGUGGGCCAAGCUCAAGGAGGGCAGCGAGGAGAGCGUGGAGGUCCCCCAGGAGGAUCUGCACCUCGGUGGACAGCACUCCCAUCAGCAGGGGCAGAACGGCUCUUCGGAGGCCCCCAGGGAAAGGCCUUAUUCCCUGAAGAUCCAAAACACUACCAGCUGCAGCUCGGGGACCUACAGGUGCACACUGCAGGAGCUGCAAGGGCUGAGGAACCUCAGUGGCACCGUGAUUCUGCAAGUGACAGGAUGCCCCACCGGACGCAAAGAAGUGAACUUCCAGAAGUACAGAGCUGAGAUCGUGCUGCUGUUGGCCCUGGUCGUUUUCUACUUGACACUCAUCAUUUUCACUUGUAAGUUUGCACGGCUACAGAGUAUCUUUCCAGACUUUUCGAAGCCUGGCAUGGAACAGGCUUUCCUGCCGGUCGCCUCCCCGGGUAAGCAUCUAGGCCCAGUGACUCUGCAGAAGACGGAGGUGGUGUGAGCGAGAUGUCUGUGCAUUACUUUCUCUGCCAUCGAGGGCUCUGGGAGAUGGCCACCUGGCCACGCUGGACGAGAGGAGGAGGAGCCCACGCCCGGGCUGCCAUGCUUCCUGUGCAGUGACAACAUCUGCAAGUGUGGCUCCACUUCCUGCCAGCAGAACCGCGACAACAGCCCGUGACCACGCAGCGUGGGGCCGUCGCGACUUCUCCGUGGCAACUGCCGUGGCAUUUCACGCAGCUCUCUGGUCCACCACUUGGGAAAUGUUUUCUGUCCUACAAAAGCUUCGGUGAGAGGCCUGCCGGGGGCUCUCGGGGAAUCCCAAUGCCCGGAGCUGUCCCUGGGGAGCCCUCCCGAGGACAGCUGUCCCCUCCCACAUCUGGCAGACGUCUCCUUGGAUUCGCUGGGCUUUGUUGCAGCAGGCCAGAUGUCUUCCAUCUGGGAAAGGGGAACCGGCCAGGGGGCGCGAGAGUAGGAAAGACUUAGCAAAUGGUUUCCUGGCGUGAAGACCCUGCCUUUGGCGGAGAGUAGCACGUGUGCCUAGGAACAAAAGGUCGCUGAGCGCUUCUUCCACCGGGCCUUUUCCUCCGGGAGCGACAUCCACCAAGAAGCGAUAAAGAAGGCGGCUCUGGUGAUUUCUACACACGCUUGUCAGGGAGGGGUUUGCCCCCCCCCCCCAACCCCUUUUGAAAUCUGCGUGGUCUCAUAGCAUCGCUCACUGAGGAGCACCUGUUAGUGGAGAAGAAGAAGUGAGAAAGGGUGACAGCAGGAUGGAGCAGCCGAGUGACUGCUGGAGACGCUGCCGUCCGUGCCGCUGGGUGCUGGCUCCCAUUGUCCCAUGCCCUGGGUGAGUUCCUCCUGACUCCUGUCAUCUCAGCUGUCAGCCCGAAGGCUGUUGGACGCGGUGGUGAAAAUAAUGUGAACACGAAGCACUAUUCAAAGUCGGAACUCUGCCGGGCCACUUUACCGCCUCUUAGAUGGUGGCCUUCCCACUUGUCUUUCCAAAGAAGGUGACGCAGGUGACUCUUCGUAGUCAUCUGUGUGGAUUCCCUUGGGAGGGUGAGAGAGCAGGUCCCUGGUCUGUUCUUGAAAUCCUAGCCAAAGUACCGCAAGGUAUGGACCCGCGGGAGCCCUGGGCCGUGGGCAGAAGAGAGUUGGCAAAGCACUGCCCUGCUGCUUUGGCGGCUGUUGGGUUUCUCUUAGGAAAGUGGCCCCUUCCCUACUUGUUUUCCCAAGAGAAUUUAACCCCUCAGUAGUGUGUGUGUGUCGUCACACUAAUGUUAGAGUAGAAAGGGGGUACC